GCCGCCAGGAAGUAUCCCUCCAUCGGCCACCAUGAAGUAUCCCCGAAGGACGAAUGAGUAGGGCGCGGGAUGGGCAAGUCCUGGCUCGCCGCCCUACUUUCCGCGAUGAUUACGGCCUCGACGAUCUCCUCCGAGGUCCGCGACGCCAAAAGGAUCGACGCGGAGGAGGCUCUGGACGUCAUCGAGGCGGCAUCGGCCGGUACUCUAGGAGAUGAGUGCGCGGCGUCGGCGGGGUACAAAUCCUUGCCUCCUGGGGCGCCUCUCGAUCCGCGGCGCUACGACACGGCUCGUCAAAAAGCCGACUUGGCCGCCAUGAUGCUACAGAACCUCGGCCCGACGAGACACGCCGCUCUCCUGGAGGCCGUCGCGAGAUCUCUCCUGUCUUCGGUCGACGACGCGGUGGAAACCAGAGUGAUAUCACUGAACGCGUCUACCGGGACUGUUAUCAGUGCAACGUGGUUGAAGCGCAGUCCCGGCAGCGUCGGGGAACCGUCCAAAGUCGAAAGCCAUGAUCUGGAAUAUGGUUCCAGACCCGACCCGAGACUUCCCUGGUUCGAAAACGCCGGUUCCAGUACAGGUUUAAGGGGAUGGUGGACCCUCCCGUACUUCUCCUGCAAGACUCGCAGAUGGCUCAUCUCGUAUAGCGUCAACGUGAGGCCUCCGGAUGCACAUCACGGGAUCCGGGAAUUCCUGAGCAUGGACGUCGACAUCAGCGGCCUGGAAGUCAAUCAAUGCGACGCCGCCUCCACCGUAGACGGAGAAUAUUCCGACAACCAAAUCGCCUCCCUCCGAGGGACGCACAAGUGUCCCAACGACACCACGCAAUGCGAGUAUCAAGGCCCGAGCAGCAGAAUUAAUGAGAACGGAGUAGGAGCCGGUUGGGCCAAGGGUGCGUACGUGUGCAAAUGCAGGCAGGGUUUUUAUAGCAUGAACCACCAUCGAUCCGGCUUCGCGGGAGAGCUCGUCGAAGUCGCUUGGAAGGAACUGCGGUCAAACAGGAGCGAUCUGUACGAACGAGUUUUUCGAUGCAUUCGAUGUGCUCCGGGAUGCGUUCGAUGCAAAGGACCGGAACCUUGCCUAGCCGCGUAUAAUUGGCCUUUUAGAAUCACCCUGCUCGCAUUUUCCGUCUUCUGCGCCGUCGGCACCGUUGUCUUGGUGGCGUACAUGUACCAACACCGUAAACUGAAGGUCUUCAAAGUGGCCUCGCCGAUUUUCUUGUCCAUCACUCUCCUGGGAUGUGCUAUAAUGUACCUCGAGAUGGCAGCUAUCUUCCCGGUGCUGGACAUGUACUCUUGCAUCGCCACCAAGUGGACGAGACACCUGGGUUUCUGUAUCUCGUACACCGCCCUCCUCAUGAAGACCUGGAGGGUGUCACUGACUUAUCGAGUAAAAAGCGCUCACAAGGUUAAGCUCACCGACAAGCAGCUGCUGCAGUGGAUGGUCCCCAUUCUGCUGGUCAUGCUGAUCUACCUUGGGACUUGGACCUUAAGUGCACCUCCAUACGCCGAAGUAAUUGCUGACAGCCAUGGCUUGAAGUUCUACCAGUGCUCUUACAACUGGUGGGACCACAGUCUCGCCAUUGGGGAAAUCAUGUUCUUGGCAUGGGGAAUAAAGGUGUGCUACAACGUGAGAAACGCGGAAAGCCUCUUUAACGAGGCUCGUCUCAUCAGCUAUGCGAUCUACAACAUCGCCGUAGUCAAUACGACGAUGAUCGCCAUUCACCUCUUCAUCUUUCCUCACGCUGGACCGGACAUCAAGUACCUCCUCGGCUUCCUCAGAACUCAACUUUCCACUUCCGUAACCGUGUUUCUCGUUUUUGGUCCCAAGGUUCUACGCGUUUUGCGGGGUCAUGGAGACCAAUGGGACAGUCGAGCAAGAGCACGCGGGGUUACGGCGAGUUUCUCGCUUAAUGGGAUCGGCUUGGUGCCCGAAGAAACCACCGACCUCUAUCAAGAGAACGAAGAAUUAAAGGAGGAGAUACAGAAGCUGGCCGCUCAGAUCGAGUUCAUGAAAAUCGUGCAUAUGGAAAUGCACAACAGACACAUCAAGCCGAAGGCUGGUGGAUACUUCAGUACCCAUGGCCAUGGUCAUGGACAUGGGUCCUCGGCUCAGAGCCCCAUCGCGAAAAAUUCCACUGCCAGUUUCAUCCUGAAGAGUGCAGUGGAACGCGGUGCAUCCGCUGCUGCAGCUGCAGCUGUGGAGGACUCGACGUUCCCUUCGGGAAGUUUACACCGCGCUCGCCGUAUGGAACUACUUCGGGAGCGAAAGGCUGAAAGGGAAAAAGAACGAAACAAGCAGGAAAGAGAGAAGGAGAAAGAGAGCCAGGAGCAACAGAGCCAAAGCGAGGGCGAAAAAGUUUGACUAGUAGUCAAUAGCGAGGAGGUAUGGUUGUGACGAAAACGCAGUCCUGGGGAACGCGGAAACCCCGUGAAGUUUCGUUAAUGGUCGUCCGAAAAGAACUCGAAGAAAGGGG